UGUCUCACAAACCGUGGGUUUAACAGGAGGGGUGAAAAGAGAAAACACGCCCAGUCGCAGAUUGGACCUCAGGGAGAGAGUACUGCCUCGAACUGAUUCACAUUACAGGAGAAAAUAGAGUAUAUUCAACGCACUCUUCCACAGAAGCAGAGAAGCAGAACAUCAUGGGAGGUAAGCUAAGCAAACGGAAGAAGGGAUACGAUGUCAACGACCCUAAGGAGAAGAAAGAGGAGAGUGCUGUGGCAGCAGUUGAACCAGCUGAGAAAAUGGCAGAGACUCCUGUGACUGAGUCGGAAGCUGCACCUCAGGAGGCUGCUGCAGUAAGUGCAGCACUGCCAGUGGUGGAGUCUGAAGCACCAGCUGAGAAGCCUGCCUCUCCUUCAGCAGCACAAACAGAGGAGAAGAAGGAUGAUACUGCACCAGAAAAACCAGUGGCUAAAACAGAGGCAUCUACUGCUGCACCCAAGGAACCAGAAAGUGCUCCAGAGGAACGAGCAGCUGUACCAGAGUCACAAGCAGCAGAGGUACCAGAAUCUGCAUCAGAGGCAGCAGCUGCUACACAAGAGGAACCAGCAGCAGAGGUACCAGCAGCUGCAUUAGAGACACCAGCAGUGGCACCAGAGGUAUCAGCACCCAAGAAACUUGCAGAUGCACCAGAAGCAGCAGCAGCAGAGGACCCUUCAGGUGCACCUGAGGAACCAGUGACAAAGGAACCUGAAGUUGCACCAGUAGCAGAGGAAUCUGCAGCUGCACCAGAGACACCAGUGACAGAGAAGCCUACGGCUGUAACAGAAGAACCAGCCGCUGCACCAGAGACACCAGUGACAGAGAAACCUACGGCUGUAACAGAAGAACCAGCCGCUGCACCAGAGACACCAGUGACAGAGGAACCUACGGCUGUUACAGAAGAACCAGCCGCUGCACCAGAGACACCAGUGACAGAGGAACCUACGGCUGUAACAGAAGAACCAGCCGCUGCACCAGAGACACCAGUGACAGAGAAGCCUACGGCUGUAACAGAAGAACCAGCCGCUGCACCAGAGACACCAGUGACAGAGAAACCUGCUGUUGUAACAGAAGAACCAGCCGCUGCACCAGAGACACCAGUGACAGAGAAACCUACGGCUGUAACAGAAGAACCAGCCGCUGCACCAGAGACACCAGUGACAGAGAAACCUACGGCUGUUACAGAAGAACCAGCCGCUGCACCAGAGACACCAGUGACAGAGAAACCUACGGCUGUAACAGAAGAACCAGCCGCUGCACCAGAGACACCAGUGACAGAGAAACCUACGGCUGUAACAGAAGAACCAGUCACCGCGCCAGAGACACCAGUGACAGAGAAACCUACGGCUGUUACAGAAGAACCAGCCGCUGCACCAGAGACACCAGUGACAGAGGAACCUACGGCUGUAACAGAAGAACCAGCCGCUGCACCAGAGACACCAGUGACAGAGAAACCAGGAUCUGAGCCACCUUCAGCUGCACCUGAGGAACAUGCAACUGCCCCAGAGGCUGAGGAUUCUGCAGUUGCACUUAAGGAUCCUGCACCUGUGCUAGAAGAGCCUGUAUUGUUGCCUAAACUUGAAGCUUUGCCAGUGGAACCUGUCACAGAGGAAGCAGUAGAGAAAGUGGUUGAGGAGGCUGCAAAUACCAGUGAAUUGUCCACCAAAACUACUGACACCACUGAGUUCACACCAGAACCAGAGACUGUUACUGAUGCAGCAGCAGCUCCAGAGCCAGUUGCCGAGUCUGCCCCAGUGUCUGAACCUGUUUCCAAGGAAUUGAUUGCAGAGGUCGAGAUGGCUGUGCCUUCCCCAGAGGAACCCACACCAGUCACAGAGCCUGAAUCUGAAACUGCUGCACCCCCUGAGGUUACACUAACACAAGCAAGUCCUGAGCCAUCCCCAGAGGAGCCAACACAACCCGAACCUAUGGUAGAACAAAAGAGUGCAGAGGAGUCCAUUCCUGCAAUCGUCAUCUUAGAAUCAACCUCAACCAAUGAGCUCUGCCUUGAGGAACCUGCCUCGACUAUCACAGAUCUGAAGCUGAAUAAUGGAGACUGUGAGAGUGCUGGCUCAGCAGAGCAAUCUGCGUCGGCUCCCCCUGAGGUAAACGGGGAAAGCCAUGAGCAGGCACCAGAUGUAGCCCCUGCGGAUCUCCUUGAGUCCCCAGUUGAGGCAUGUGUAAAUGGUGUGAAGGACAAAGAACCCCCUCAAGAGCUAAGUGUCUGUGAACUGAAGAAGGACUUGAGUUUGGAUGCUGACUUUCAGGGUCCAGCUCCAAUUGGCGACAUGGUAGAAGUGCCACAGUGAGUCAGCUGAGCUGUCGACCUAAUUUGAGAAACAAACCUUAAAUGUGAAUCCCAUAUUGAUGCAAACAAACAAAAGAAAUAAUCGUCUGACAACACAGGCUUUCUGAAAAUAAAUGUUAAAAUGCCUGUUGUGUUCUCUCAGGCAAAAGAAUUUCUGGUUAACCAAAAAGAAAUACAACCACCCAAGAGCUAAGAGUGUGAGAAACAAAGAAUGAAAAGGUGAGGGCAAAUGCCUUAAAGGAAAUGCGAGGGAGAGAAUGAGAGAGCGAGAGACAGAGAAAAAGAGAGAGCAUGGUCUUUGAAGUCUUUGUGGUCGGUGUCCUGCUGUCAUUGCAGAGAGUGAGCUUACAGGCCUGGUUGAAUAUGUAAGCCACAGAAAUGAUGAUUAGACAUGAACAGAUUUUUUUAAAAAAUGCAUUGAGACGGCAGAACAGAAAUGCUGGACAGUAACAAUGGUAAAAAUGAAUGAACAGAAUCAUCUUUUGUGUGUGAGACUGAUCCAUAUCGAAAUGGUUUAUUGGAUUAGCAUUUAAUAGUGUCUAAUCUAAUUUAGACCACAUUUCUGUCACCAUUUAAUACUGAGAUUUGAGGAUGAAACAUUUUGAACUUUUCAUGUUGGGAGAAUCAGUGGGGAAUGUUCAUUUUAACUUAAUGGCUUGGAAAAUAAAAUAAAACACUCUGUAAUACCUUAAAAA